AUGCUCCGUCCAACGAACCUCCGGCCGGUGCUCCGGUCCGCCCCCCGCUGCCAGCAGUGCCUCCGUCGAAGCCUCUACUCCGGCAAAGGCUCCUCGCGCGUGUCCCAGGACCUGGAUCUCAACAAGCUUAACUCGCAACGCCGCGACUACGAGCGCCAUCGCACCAUCUUCCUCGCUGCAGGAGCCACGGCCGGCCUCAUCUCGUUCAUCUACACGGCGUGGAAGCUGAAACAGGCUCUGGCGGAGCAGGCCGAGAAGCAAAAGGGCAAGGCGGCCGUGAAGUGCGACGCACCGCCAAUCCCAGAAGAGACGUUCAAGACAGAAGCGGGAGAGAAGAGGAAAGUCGUGGUACACGACGAGGAGGGGCGAGCCAUUGUUCCCACGGGGAAUAGCGUGGUGCCAGCGUUCCCGAGGAAUAUCGAAGUCAAGCUGCCGUCUGCGGAGGGGGACAACUCGAUCGCGGCGACCAUCUCGGACAAGCAGGGAAAUGAGUACACGCUUGUGGGCUUGGGCGUGCGGACGGUGACGUUUAUCGGCAUCCAGGUGUACAUGGUGGGCUUUUACGUGGCUACGCAGGACAUUGCGAAGCUGCAGCACUAUCUGAUCAAGAAGAUCAACCCUACCGCCACGACGCUGAUUCCUUCUGAAAAGGAUGCGCUGCGCAAGGCUCUUAGGGAUGCGACCGAGGGCGAGGAGACGUGGGAUGCUCUGCUGAGGGACUCGGACUGCCGCAGCGUGUUGCGCAUUGUUCCCGUGCGGGACACCGACUUCCACCACCUGCGCGACGGCUUCGUCCGGUCCAUUGCCGCGCGGUCGCAGCGCAACCCGGCGUACAAUGACGACACUUUUGGCGCCGCCAUGAGGGACUUCAAGGCGCUCUUCAACCGCGGCUCCGUGCCGAAGAAACAGGAGCUGCUGCUGUGUCGAGACGGAAAGGGCGCGCUGACCGUCCUGUUCAACUCGGGCAAAGGCAAGGACUCUAGGGUGGAGCUCCUGGGCACGGUCGAGGACGAGAGGCUAUCGCGGCUGCUGUGGCUCAACUAUCUGGCCGGCAGCAAGGUGGCCUCGGAGCCGGCGCGGGAGAGCAUCAUUGAGGGCGUCAUGGAAUUUGUGGAGAGGCCGGUGGGAACGGUUGCUUCGCAAGUCGUAUAG